UACAGCUGGACAAACGCGACCCACGACACAACGUUUUCCCCCCUCGACGUUUCGGCAGGGAAACAGUGCAUUUAUCCGUUUUUAGCCAAUUACGCGAGCCAGCUGACAAAGGAGACACGUUGUUUUGGCGUAUUGGAGAUUAUUAGAAGAGUUUCUUUACUGUGUGGCUUUCCUGUGACGUCCGGGACCGGAAAAGAGCCUUUCCCCCCCCGACAGCUGGUUUGCGGAUUCCCCCUGUAAGCACUUGAAGUUGUGUGAGCCGGCUGAGAUGAGCGGUCCAGAGGUGGCCAAGACACCGGGAGGUGGUGCUCCGGGCAAGGAGGGAAAGGAGCCAGUGGCCAAUGGGCAUGCAGGAGAGGGCAGCGACGCCAAUCCAUUCGCUGAGUACAUGUGGAUGGAGAAUGAAGAAGAGUAUAACAGACAGGUGGAAGAGGAACUGCUGGAGCAGGAGUUCUUGGAGCGCUGCUUCCAGGAAAUGCUGGAGGAGGAGGACCAGGAUUGGUUCAUCCCUUCACGUGAUCUAAACAACCAGGGGGUGGGGCAGCUGCAGCAGCAGCUCAACGGCCUGUCCGUCAGCGAUCACCACAACAACCUGGAGGAAGUGGCGAGGAAGAGCAUCUUGAAUCCCGAAGCGAAGGAGUUCGUCCCGGGGAAGAAAUACUAGGAGUCCCCCUCACCCCCAUGGAGCCUCCACGCGCGCACACACACCAGUUCUCACAUAUUCUCAGAGACUCUGGCGGCCACGCCCGCACACACACUGAUUCACACACAUUCACACACGCACUCACUCGUACACACUUGAAGUCAAUGGCGUGCUUGGCAGGCCCAGUUGGGGGGUGGGGGGAUUUCUUUUUCUUUCUUUUUCUUUUUGUUUCUUUAAUCUUUUUAUUUCCUGUUUGUUUCUUGUAAACUGAGGGACAUUGGGAACAGGGGUGGGGGAGGGGUGUUAUACCAGCACCGCCCUACAGCGGGCGCUAGCUCAUCAUUGCAUUUCAGAUGACACUGUUGAUGCUUACAGAGCUUGCAGAUCCCAUUGAUGUCUCCUUGUAACCGAGGCAGCUACCAAGCAGUGAUACCAGGACAAAAUCCCAAACAUCUAUUAAACAUGAGAAAUUACUGCACAUACUAGUUAAUUUGUGUGCUGUCAGAUUUGGAAAACAUCGUCCGUAGGUUGAGGGUCGCCAUGACAGUGAGGAUAGAGAACGACAAAAAUUUUAGGGGACUUGAUGGAUUUCUGCAGCUGCUCUGUUGUGUCACCACGGUCAGUCAAACCCGUUAACGUUUGCUCCUAUUUUGUCAUAAGCUAAUGUGACAUCACAGCUCUUCUAGAAAUGCGGGUUCUUAUUUGUAUCUGCGGCGGCUCAGUUCCAAACCAAUUACAGACCCCAUCCCUCCCUGCACGCUUGUUUUGAAGUGGUCUUAACAGACAUGGGCAGGUGUAAUCAUGGAUAAGAAUUUAUUUUCCCAAUUUAUGUGGAAUUCCAUGUUUAUCUUUUGUCCAGUUUAUUAGAACAGGAGUGUGAGUUUCUCUAUCAUGCAUCAGGUCGAGUUAAGCAAGAAAAAUAUUAGAGGGAAGGUCAGAGAUUCGUGAACCUUGAAAAUAAAUAAAAACCUCAGUUCUCAUUUUAUUGUUUUGUUUUUGUUCACGGCUUCAUCCUUCAGUUCAAUUUGGAUUUGUGAGGCGUAGUGAACAACCUUGUUACAGGGGAGUAUUUGGUCUGGAACACAGUCACUGCCUCUUUCUGCCAGAACAACUUGGUUUGUCCAGCAUCAGAUCAAGUGUCCAUAUCCAAAUCAGGUUUUCAAAUAGCCUCUCCUCCUCUUUUUUUCUUCUUUUUUCUCUUCAUGUUUUUGAGGAUGAGGAAUUUUGUGUCUCUACUGGGUACAGUAACCUGUGGUGUCCAUUCAGGCCUGUUUGCAGGAGGAAACGUGAGGGGACAAUAUUGUCAUGGCCAACCAGAAUAAAGCAGUAUGGAACACAUGGCAGACAGUAUGGCUUCCUUGCUGUUCUUCUCUUUGUACAUUGACAUCUUUGAGGAAGUUCUUUUUAACCAUAAAUCUUUGUUGUGGUCUGGCUUUCCUUUUAAGCAUUGCCCCUCAGUGCAAGUAUAAUCUCAGUUAAGUUGUGAGCCUUUUGGAAAAAGUUGUAUAUGUGAAGAUGCUUUUUAGGAAACCCAGAUUCUGAUCAACAGUAAACAUUAAUUAUUUAGUACGUUUUUUUUUUUCUAGUUCUCAGCCGUCUUUGGUUGAAAAUGCAGGGGCAGUAUUGUCGUCUUGUGAUCUAAUCCUUCAUGCCACUGUUCAUUUGUGGUAUUAAUGACAAUAAUGUCUUGUGUAUUUUACUGUAAUAGUGUUAAGUAGACACUUGUGCACUUGUGCUCGAUUGAUUUGAGUAACAAGUACUCAAGUGUGUUCUUAAAUCGUCAGUAGAGAUGGUGAGCUCUUGGUUAAAAUGGAACUUCCUCACACAGUGUUGGACCACAGAAUGGCGCCCUGGUGAAGCCAAUAGGAAUGUCCGCCAGGUGGAUUGUACAACAUGAAAUCAUUUUUGGUGAUUUUGUUUAGAUGCGUUAGAUGACAGAAGCCGUUUAAAAAAAAAGAGAGGUCCAGAAGACACAGAGUAUGAAUUUCAAUACAAAUAAAAAUAAUGAAAAAAGAAGAAUAAAGAUGUUAAAGACAACUGCUCUGUGUCGAUCUUUUGUCACAUUUUGAUACACACUGGACCAGAACGCUUCUAUUGUUAAUAUAGACGUAUAAAAGAUUUUUAACAAUAUUUCAUAACCUUUGAUAUUGUCAGUAAAACUAUAUAAGAGGACAUACUUAAUCUUUUUUUCUUUUUUGCAUUCUUGGACUGUUGAUGUUCAAAUUCUCGUUUUUCUGAACACUGUAUGGACCCUUGUCUAUGUUGGCUUAACAAUUGAGAUUGAGAGUUCCCUCUUGACCUGAGGAGCAGGAGUUGACAAAACAAUCCCAACACAAGGUCCAUUUAGUAGCUGUCCCAGAGCUUUCCAUCAUAUCCCACAGUCUUCCUGAGCAUGUUGAUUGUUUAUCUUUAAACAUACAUUUUUCUGCAGAGCUACAAUUUUUGAUAAUCUGCAACUCCAUGAAUACUCAGUAAAAUGUAUCUGCCAAGAAAGACUGUGACAUGAAUUAAAGUGAACAGCUCAUAAAUGAACUUUGUGAAAGAAGAAGAAAUGGAAAUGGAGCUUGAACUUGGGCCAGAGCAGAUUGCAUCAGGUAUGAACAAAGUGCACAGUGAUUUAUCUGGAGCGGUUUCAGCUAAUUAAAGAUGGCAGUGUUUAGAAAAACUUGAAAAACUCAGCGGCCAUUAAAGUAACAGGAAAGUGAUAACCAUCCAUCAGGUGCUUUUGGAUAAUGCUGUUGUGUAAUGUGACAUUUUUACCCCUACAAAAGUCAUUAAGUCCUUUAACUAAAGUUAUGACCCUUGCUUUGCAUUUAGGAAAGCGACUAAACAUCCGACUCUACAUAAUCAACUUGAGGAACCGUCGUCUAACCAUUGAAAACCUGCGCACCCUUUCACAGUCCGUGGCCUCAAAUCGAAGAACCUGAAUUGCCUGUGUCCAUGGCGGAGGUCAGGACACACUGUCUGCGAGCAGCCUUCACUACGAGGACACGGAGAAGGCUACAUGCUGUCGUUUGGUGACGAAACCAGGUCACGAUGACCCCUUAAGACCGUCCUGCUGGAAGACUGUUAUCUCCAAUCCAGCCACACAAUGUUCAUAUAGCGCUUCUGAAAGCAGACCGUAGGAACGACAUCCUGGGUCGUGUCCACAGUCUCCACUGGUGUAGAGGAGGAGAUGAGGGGCUGGUUCAGGGUGUCUGACUACACUGAUGAUGGCCACAUGAUACUGUCAGUGUUGUGCUACUUCCCCAUUGUGGAAAAGGAGGAGCCUCUGCAAAAAGAGGAAGAGGGCGGAAACCUCCACGGAUGAGAGCAGCACAGACCUCUCGUAACGAAGACGCCUCAAACUGAAGCCUAUCCUACUGAUAAUAAGAUGACCUCCGGAGCAAAGGAGCAUCAAGAACUAGUACAUCUAGAGACUUUCUUUCUGCUGACGUCACACCCGGCUGUAAACCACCCCAGGGCGCACCGAAGGUCACCAUCUGAUAGAGCAAGCAGAAUGUCAUCAGGCUGGUGUUAUGACCUUGGGGGUGACUAAAGUCGCCAUAAGAGAUUGUUUCUGCUCCUCGGCUAAGAACGUGACUGACUUUGUACAAACAGAAAUGUUUAUUUCAUUGUUUAUUUCAACCAGAAAAAGGACCUAUUUUCUUCAUAUUUUCACUACGGCAGUCGUCUGUUUGUUGUGUUGACAUUUACAUUUAGACUGCAACUUAAUCCCUGGCAACAGUCAUGUA